AUGUCGAAGAUCACAGUCGCCGGAGUGCGCCAGAAUGUCGAUGAGCUGCUCAACUACUCUCUCAACGAGAAGAAGCGUAACUUCCUUGAGACCGUUGAGCUGCAGAUUGGUCUGAAGAACUAUGACCCCCAGCGUGACAAGCGUUUCUCUGGCACCAUCAAGCUGCCUUCCGUCCCCCGCCCUGGCAUGAGCAUCUGCAUUCUCGGUGACCAGCACGAUCUCGACCGUGCCAAGCACCACGGUAUCGAUGCUAUGUCCACCGAUGACCUGAAGAAGCUCAACAAGAACAAGAAGCUCAUCAAGAAGCUUGCUCGCAAGUACGAUGCCUUCCUUGCUUCCGAGGCUCUCAUCAAGCAGAUCCCCCGUCUCCUGGGUCCCGGUCUGUCCAAGGCCGGCAAGUUCCCCACCCCCAUCUCCCACGCUGAGGACAUGGCCGCCAAGGUCACCGACGUCAAGUCCACCAUCAAGUUCCAGCUGAAGAAGGUUCUCUGCCUCGGUGUUGCCGUUGGCAACGUCGGCAUGACCCAGGAUGAGCUUGUCGCCAACCUGAUGCUCUCCAUCAACUACCUCGUCUCCCUCCUCAAGAAGGGCUGGCAGAACGUUGGCAGCCUUGUCGUCAAGGCUACCAUGUCUCCCCCCAAGCGCAUCUACUAA